AUGGAGUUGAGGAUAUCACGGAUUCAGCGCCUCAGUGCUGUGAUAGGGAUCUCCAUGUCCUUCUUCCUUGCCGAGAUAGCUGUUGGCUUCUAUACUGGCUCGCUUGCUCUUGUCGCGGAUGCAUUUCACUAUCUCAGUGAUAUCAUUGGAUUCAUGGUUGCACUUGUCGCUGCUGUGGUUGAGGAAAGACACUCCCCGCCGCAGUCUCUCACAUUCGGGUGGCAACGAUCGCAACUGGUAGGCGCAUUCUUCAAUGGGGUCUUGCUAUUUGGACUCGGGAUUAGUAUCUUCUUACAGUCCCUUGAGCGGUUUAUCACGUUGGAGAUCGUGGAUGAUCCAAAACUGGUCAUGAUUGUUGGAUGCGUGGGCUUUGGUCUCAACAUUAUCAGUGUUCUAUUCUUACACGAACACGACCACGGAGAUGGCCAUGGUCAUGGCCAUGACCAUGGACAUUCGAUCGCAGAACAAGAGACUGGCAACGAAAUCAACCCCGAUUCCGGUUUCCCAGUCGAUGAGACGCACAUCUACCAUAAGCACUCUCUAAAUGCCAAACCCAAUUCGAAGAGUGACUUCGAUCUCGCCUUAAUGGGCGUGUUCAUCCAUGUUAUGGGCGAUUGUGCUAACAAUCUCGGAGUCAUUAUCGCCGGUCUCGUUAUCUGGCUGGCUGAUUACCACGGACGCUACUACGCAGACCCUGCAGUAAGCAUGGCCAUUGCUGUCAUGAUAUUCUUCUCGUCCCUGCCUUUGAUAAAACGAAGCGGUCUUAUCCUCCUUCAGAGCGCUCCUGAUGGCGUUGAGCAUGAGGAUGUGAAGCAUGAUUUACUUCAGAUCCCAGGUAUCCGCGCUGUCCAUGAGCUCCACAUAUGGCGCCUGAAUCAGAAGAAAUCCCUUGCCUCCGCACAUAUUAUCCUCGAGAGUGAUAGAGCAGCGGACUUUCCCGCGCUUGCAACGACUGUAAAGGAGUGUUUCCAUGCAUACGGUAUUCAUUCUGUGACGCUUCAGCCAGAAACAGCGGUGGUGCAGGAGGGCGCUAUCACGGUCAACCCAGGGGGUGGAAUGACAAGGGUAGAAGAUAGUGAAUCUCACGACCAGGGUGAUAAAUAUGCCGGGGAGCAGUGUCAUCUUUUGUGUGGGAAGAUGUGUGCGGAUUUGUCGUGCUGCGAGUAG